UUUGAUUUCAUUUUCACUUCACCUUUACAAAUAAAUAAAAAAACCUCAGAGCGACUUCGAAGCUGCUGAUUUUUUAGGGUUUCUUCUGUUUCGCCGCUCAGAUUUCGUUGAAAGGAUCUAUCUUUGAGUAAUGGCUCCAGCUAAAGUUGAUGUCACCAAGAAGGCCGACCCUAAGGCCAAGGCCUUGAAAGCUGCCAAAGCAGUGAAAUCUGGCCAGAUCAUUAAGAAGUCUGCUAAGAAGAUCAGGACAAAGGUGACUUUCCACAGGCCAAAGACAUUGAGCAUUCCUAGGAAUCCCAAGUACCCACGACUCAGUGCGACGCCAAGGAACAAAUUGGAUCAUUACCAGAUCCUCAAGUACCCUCUCACUACCGAGUCUGCCAUGAAGAAGAUCGAAGACAACAACACCUUAGUCUUCAUUGUUGACAUCCGUGCUGACAAGAAGAAGAUCAAAGAUGCUGUCAAGAAGAUGUAUGACAUUCAGACCAAGAAAGUCAACACCCUCAUUAGGCCCGAUGGAACGAAGAAAGCGUAUGUGAGGUUGACUCCUGAUUAUGAUGCUUUGGACGUGGCUAACAAAAUCGGGAUCAUCUAAAUCUCAUCCAUCUGUCAGCUCUGUGAUUUCACUUUAUCGGGUUGAAAACAGACUUCUGCUUUUUCUUUUUCCAUAGUCUCCAGUUUUGCUAGAGAAAUUAAGAUAUUAUCUUUUGUUAUAUGCUUUUUUAUCUUUGGAUUCGAAGAUUAUUAGGUUUGGUAUUUGUUGAUGAGUCCGUAUCUUCUCUUUAGUUCUUGUUCCAAUCUCUUUCUUUAUU